AUGGCCAACAACCACUGCUUCGAGAAUCUUACCCCCAGUGACUUUGUGAAGAAGAUCAGGCAGCCGAACUUCGUGGAUCUCGUCAGCCAGGAGUUUCAGAAACUGAAAGCUAUCCCGCUAGAAGGUACCGUAGAGAACUUUUCAAAAGGAGAAAAUUCAACCAAGAACCGUUACUUCGACAUUCCAUGCUGGGACCACUCGCGCGUAAUUUUGAGCUCACGAAAGCCUCUAGUAUACAAUAAUUCAAAAAGGAACUCAUUCAGUAUCGUCGUAACAGAAAGAGACAGUGAUUCAACGUACAUCCAUGCUAAUUUUGUAGAUGGAUUUGAAAAUAAGCGUAAAUACAUUUGCUGUCAGGGUCCGAUGGAACACACGGCUGGUGAUAUGUGGAAGCUGAUUUGGGAAAACGAUGUCCGUAUUAUCGUGUCGCUGACAGAAAUGGAUAGUGAAGACGAAAUUUGCUUCGAUUAUUGGGUCCCCGAAGAAGGCUUUCAAAUAGUUUUUGGCCGGUAUCAAGUGGAGACCCUUGAAAUGUAGGAUAAGGAUAAUUUCUGUACAACGCUAUUCCGUAUGAUAGACAUUACAUGUGGAGCUUCGCGGCUGAUAACCCACAACUGGUACACCAACUGGCCAGACUACGGUUCUCCUGCUGACUUGAAAGAAUUUGUUACGCUUUUAUCAACAGUAAAUCAGAAACAACAGCAAUCAAUAGAAAGUGCCAUGUGUAAGAAUCUGCCCAAGCCAGGACCAAUAUUAGUUCACUGCUCAGCGGGGGUGGGUCGUACCGGAACGUUUUGUGCCGUCGAUUAUGCACUAAGUCAAUUCAUCAAGAAAAAAACUGUUUCUAUCCAGGAUACUGUGAUGGCAAUUCGGAAGAUGAGACAUUCAAGUGUUAUGACGCUGAAGCAGUACAUGUUUAUCUACAAGGUUAUUGAGCACAAGUUACUGGGAAAAGAAAACACAGAAAACUUACAAUAA